AAAAAAGUCUAAAAAAUGGAAAAAAAUUUCAAAAAAAAGUAUGACAUCAUAACAGGAUUUGCUGAUAUCUUAAUAGGCGAUUGCCUAUCCAUGACGUCAUUUACUAAUUCAUGAUAUCAUCAAUGUUAAUGGAUCGGAAAUGGUUAGACCAAUACCCGAUUCAGAUCAAACAAAUCCAGAUCGGAUCAAAGAUUUUCGAACACUCCAUAAGAGCAAUAUUGUAUAUUUACUAUCUUAGACGAAAGAAAUAGUUAGGAGUACUCUUUAGGUUUCCGAAAGAACCAUUUAGGAGUACUCAUUAGGUUUGGAAUUUUGGGAUCCACCUAAGAAAUCACCAUGUGAUAAACUCCAGAUGAGAAAAAUCCGCUGGUAGCUUUUUUUUCUCUCAUGAAGGAGUAAAUGUACACCAUGCUCGCUUGGGAGCAUGGUAUAUGCACCAAUGAUGUAGACAACACUGGUUCGCUACAAAAUCAACAGGUCCGACUUGAGAAUCGAUCACCCCAUUUUGGUUUUGCGUAUAUAUUCUAGAAGGCAACCGAUAGUGCCGCACAGUAAAAUGGUGAUCCAUACCGUCAGUCCACUGAUCUGGCUCAGUUUAUGUCCAGUUCAUUAUUGUUUCAUGUAUUUUUUUGUCGGUUCACUAAUUUUUCACACAGUAAAACAAUGAUCCGAACUCCUGACUCAUCGAUCCGGACCGAGAUUUUUGGGGAACCCGAUUUGGGCGACAUAAGUGAUGGUUAUUAACUUCCCAAGAAAAGGUUACAUAUAGGUGCCGCUAUUUCUUGUUGUCAUGCAUUGUGAUGACAGUUGUCGUCAUAGUUGUAUGCAUUCACGUUUUUCACACAGUAAAACAAUGAUCCGAACUACUGACUCAUCGAUCCGGACCGAGAUUUUUGGGGAGCCCUAUGUGGACGACAUAAGUGAUGGUUAUUACCUUCCCAAGAAAGGGUUACAUAUAGGGGCCGCUAUUUCUUGUUGUCAUGCAUUGUGAUGACAGUUGUCAUCAUAGUUAUAGGCAUUCACGUUUUUCACACAGUAAAACAAUGAUCCGAACUACUGACUCAUCGAUCCGGACCGAGAUUUUUGGGGAGCCCGAUUUGGGCGACAUAAGUGAUGGUUAUUACCUUGGGUUGCAUAUAGGCGCCGCUAUUUCUUGUUGCCAUGCAUUGUGAUGACAGUUGUCAUCAUAGUUGUAUGCAUUCACGUUUUGAUGAUAAAUAUGUGCCGGAUGUACAUUAAUGGGCAAAUGUUUCCAAAUCUUUAACUAGUUUGUGCGUCACUUUUGUCAAUACAUAUAUGGAAAAGCAUGUCCUCUAAUAUGAUUGGCUAAACAGCUUGGCUAUAUAUAUGAACGAAUGCAUGGGCCUGUGAUCAGGUUAGGUUAGCUAAAGCACAUUAGUGACCAAAAAUGGAGUUUGUAGAAGGAAAAGUGAAAGAAGAGAAGUGGUUUGGUGAGAUAGUGUUUCCUAGGACUCUCCUACCCUCUCAUGGAUUUGAAGAUGGGCUUUCUACUCCCUCGCAUGAAGGGGGAGAAACGCGUUUGGCAGAGGCCGUAAGGGCAAAUCGUGGGUGGCUCGAUGAACAGUUGAGCCGGCACGGUGCUAUUCUCUUUCGAGGGUUUGAUGUGCAUCGUGCAGAGGACUUUGGGAGCGUGGUGGAGGCGUUUGGGUGGGAGGAGAUGGUUUACGAGGCUGGUGGCGCCGUGCGCUCCAAGGUUGCUGAUCGUGUCUACACUGCCAAUGAGUCUCCACCUGAGAAGCUCAUUGAUUUCCAUCAUGAGAUGUCAUAUAGCAAAAAAUUCCCUUCCAAGAUCUUCUUCUUUUGUAUGGAGGCCCCACCAGAAGGCGGUGAGACCUCCAUACUACUUAGCCACAUUGUUGUUGAGAAGAUGGAGGAGGCCUUGCCUGAAUUUGUCAAUAAAUUGGGAAAUGUGGGAGCUAUUAUCCGAGUAUGGACCCCAAAAAUCGCUUCCAAGAAACAGUUUAGGAGAACGUGGCAACAAGUACUACAAACUGAUGACAAGAACGAAGCAGGAAAGCAGGCUCUGCUGAAGCUAGCUUGCAACUCAGUUGAAUUUCUAGAGGAUGGGGGGGCUGAACUUGUAUUUGGACCCUUGAACCCAAUAAGAACUUUUCAAGGGGGGCUCAGGGCCUGGUUCUUCACCAUUGUAGGCUACACUGGCAAGCUUGAUGACAUGAGUGUAUGCUUUGGAGAUGGGACUCCAUUUCCUGAUGAAGCCUUCAAUACUUACAAGAAGAUUAGGGAUGAAAUCAAUGUGAAUAUAAGAUGGCAAAAGGGUGAUAUCUUGCUUCUUGACAACCUUGCUGUUCAGCAUGCGCGGAGGCCCGGAAAGCCUCCUCGCGUCAUUUUAGCUUCAUUGUGCAAGUGAAUUCCAGUCUCUCACUCUCUGUACGUGUGUGUGUGUGCGCGUGAGUACAAGUGAAUUCUAUAGUCUCUUUCGCUAGUCAAUUCUGUAAGUAGUACCAUAGGGAGUUAGUUUUCAGUGUGUUCCCAUGGAA